AUGGGUUUGUCAUUUCAGCAUUUGGUGAUGUUCAGAGAUGUGGCCGUAGACUUUUCUCAGGAAGAGUGGGAAUGCCUGAACUCAUAUCAGAGGAAUUUGUACAGAGAUGUGAUACUAGAGAACUAUAGCAACUUGGUAUCAGUGGGAUGUUCCAUUUCUAAACCAGAUGUGAUCACCCUACUAGAGCAAGGGAAAGAACCCUGGAUGGUUGUGAGGGAUGAGAGAAGAAGAAGGAGCCUAGAUUUAGAGUCCAGAUAUGACACUAAAAAGUUAUUUCAAGAAAAGGAUAUUUAUGAAAUGAAUUUAUCUCCGUGGGAGAUAAUGGGAAGAAUUAGAAGUUGUGGCCUUGAAGACUCCUUUAUCAGAAAAGAUUAUAAAUAUAAAAAGUUUGAGGGACAAGAAAAUCCUCAAGAAGGAUAUUUCAGGCAAGUGAAAAAAAUGCCCACUUACAGAAAACUCACAUCUCUUACUCUGUAUCAGAGAAUUCAUAAUAGAGAGAAACCCUACGAAUGUGGGGACUGUGGGAAGGCCUUUAGAGUGCGCCAACAACUUACUUUCCAUCAGAGAAUUCACACUGGUGAAAAGCCCUAUGAAUGUAAAGAAUGUGGAAAAGCCUUCAGACAAUGUGCCCACCUUAGUCGACAUCAGAGAAUUCACACUUCUGACAAACUCCUCGAAUGUAAAAAAUGUGGAAAGAUCUUUACAUGUGGUGCAGAUCUUCGAGUACAUCAGAGAACUCAUAUUGGUGAGAAGCCCUAUGAAUGUAAGGAAUGUGGGAAGGCCUUUAGAGUGCGAGGACAACUUAAUCUCCAUCAAAGGAUUCAUACUGGUGAGAAACCCUAUGAAUGUAAGGAAUGUGGGAAGACCUUUAGGCAGUAUGCACACCUUACACGACAUCAGAGACUUAAUAUUGCUGAGAAGUGCUAUGAGUGUAAGGACUGCGGGCAGGCUUUUUUGUGUAGUACAGGACUUCGAGUACAUCACAAACUUCAUACUGGUGAAAAACCCUAUGAAUGUAAGGAAUGUGGAAAGGCCUUUAGGGUGCGGCAACAACUCACUCUCCAUCAGAGAAUUCACACUGGUGAGAAACCCUAUGAUUGUAAAGAAUGUGGGAAGACCUUUAGUCGUGGCUAUCAUCUGACUCUCCAUCAGAGAAUUCAUACUGGUGAGAAACCUUAUGAAUGUAAGGAAUGUCAGAAGUUCUUUCGGCGUUACUCAGAACUUAUUUCGCAUCAAGGUAUUCAUAUUGGAGAGAAGCCCUAUGAUUGUAAGGAAUGUGGGAAGACCUUUAGACUGUUUUCACAACUUACUCAACAUCAGAGUAUUCAUUUUGGUGAGAAACCUUAUAAAUGUAAGGAAUGCGAGAAGACUUUUAGACUGCUGUCACAACUUACUCAGCAUCAGAGUAUUCAUACUGGUGAGAAACCCUAUGACUGUAAGGAGUGUGGAAAGGCCUUUAGACUUCAUUCAUCACUUAUUCAACAUCAGAGAAUUCACUCUGGAGAAAAACCAUACAAAUGUAAGGAAUGUAAAAAGGCUUUUGGUCGUAGUUCUGAUCUGAUUCAACAUCAGAAAAUUCAUACUAAUGAAAAACCUUACCAGUGUAAGGCAUGUGGGAAGGCUUUUAUUCGUGGUUCACAGCUCACUGAACAUCAGAGAGUUCAUACAGGAGAGAAACCAUAUGAAUGUAAGAAAUGUGGGAAAGCCUUUAGUUAUUGUUCACAGUAUACUCUCCAUCAGAGAAUUCAUAGUGGUGAAAAACCCUAUGAAUGUAAGGAAUGUGGGAAGACCUUUAUUCUUGGCUCCCAGCUUACUUACCAUCAGAGAAUUCAUAGUGGUGAGAAACCCUAUGAGUGUAAGGAAUGUGGAAAAGCCUUUAUUCUUGGUUCACACCUUACUUAUCAUCAAAGAGUUCAUACUGGUGAAAAGCCUUACAGAUGUAAAGAAUGUGGGAAGGCCUUUUUAUGUGCCUCCCAACUUAAUGAACAUCAGAGAAUCCAUACUGGUGAGAAACCCUAUGAAUGUAAGGAAUGUGGGAAGGCCUUUUUUCGUGGCUCACAACUAACUUAUCACCUGAGAGUUCAUACAGGUGAGAGACCCUAUAAAUGCAAAGAAUGUGGGAAAGCCUUUAUUUCUAAUUCUAAUCUUACUCAACAUCAGAGAAUUCAUACAGGUGAAAAACCCUACAAAUGUAAAGAAUGUGAGAAGGCCUUUAUUUGUGGCAAACAACUUAGUGAACAUCAGAGAAUUCAUACAGGUGAGAAACCCUUUGAAUGUAAGGAGUGUGGAAAGGCUUUUAUUCGUGGUGCAUAUCUUACUCAACAUGAAAAAAUUCAUGGUGAGAAGCAUUAUGAAUGUAAGGAAUGUGGGAAGACCUUUUUUCGUGCCACACAACUUAUAUAUCACCAGAGAAUUCAUACAGGUGAGAAACCCUACAAAUGUAAGGAAUGUGACAAGGCUUUUAUUUAUGGCUCACAACUUAGUGAACACCAGAGAAUUCAUAGAGGUGAAAAACCCUAUGAAUGUAAGCAAUGUGGGAAGGCCUUUAUUCGUGGCUCACAUCUUACUGAACAUCUAAGAACUCAUUCCGGUGAGAAACCCUAUGGAUGUAAGGAAUGUGGGAAGGCCUUUAGUCGUGGCUCAGAACUUAUUCUACAUCAAAGGAUCCAUACUGGUGAGAAACCUUAUGUGUGUGUUCAAUGUGGUAAAGACUUUAGACGUCAUUCACAACUUACUCAACAUAUGAGGCUUCAUAAUUGAAAAAGCCUUGAAUAUGAUUUAAUAUACGAAAGGCUUCCAAAAAAAGAAAGAAAGAAAAGAAAAGAAAAGAGAGGCUUCCAUGUCUUCAACAACUCUGGAAUGUCAGAGACCCAUGUUAUGUUCAUAAUGAAUUUAGGACAUCUUCUGCUUGUGCUCAACAUCUAUUAAUUUUGAGAAAGCUUAUAUUAAUGAAUGCAGAAGUAACUUCUGGAACCCAUUAAACAUUUUUAAGAAUCUCUACAUCUUGGAAUGUAAUGCUGAAGUAUACCCUUUAUUGAGCACCAUUUCUAUUUCACCAUUUUCUGUGCAAUUGGAGAAGUUACUUAACUUCUCUGUGCCUCAGUUUAUUUGUGUAAAAUAAUGUAAUGAUAUCACAUUGAUUAAAUUAUAAAUGAUUAAUUGUAUGCAACUCCCGUUGGAAAGUAUCUGAUACUUGGUAUCUGUUAUUAUUGCCAUUAUUAUAUGCUGUUAGAGAAGUCAAAUGGUAAGUAUUUUUGAGUACAGAAAGAUGUAAGCAUUUUAUUACUGUCUAUCUCAUUUUUUGUUUUUGCUUUAGAUUUUAUUUAUUUGAGAGAGAGAGCACAUGUGCACAAGUGAGUUUGGGUGGUGGCUGAGUGCGGAGCCUGAUUAGGGGCUCAAUCCCAGGAACCUGGGAUCAUGACCUGAGCCAAAGGCAGAUGCUUAACCAACUGAGCCACCCAGGCACCCCACUUUUUGUUUUGUUUUUACCAUCUAUCCCUUUUUGAACACCAGAUAAUUUAUUCUAUGUCAGAAGCUUUAGAAUAUAAUAAGGGCAGGAAGCUCUCCAUUUUAGAGCUCAUAAAUUUUGCUGUACCAGAUAAUACUGCAAACAAAUUAUAGAAGAAAUUCCUUCAGGGUUAUAGAGCUUUUUUAUAAAAUCAAGGAGAGUUGAUUUUUCUGAAGCAAAUUCCAAAAGCAGAAGUUGUUAUUCUACAUUUUCUAAUUACUACUUUAAGGGGAAAAUAAUAUAUCAAGAAAAUGAUAGCCAAGUAGCUCCAUUAAAAUAAAAAAAUUACUAAAAGAAGAAAAACUAUGUAAAUUACUACUGUCUUAAAUGAGAAAUCAAAAUUUACCAACUAUAGUUUUUUCUCAUUAUCUGUAUCUAAUCCAUUCCUGAUAAUAUAUUGAGUAGUACAUUUUCAGAUGCCCAAAUUUCAGAGUCUACAUUGCAUUAUUUUAAAUGGGAAAAAAGAUAAUAUGUUUUCAGCCCAUUCAAAUGUCCUGAUUAGGGGGCACCUGGGUGGCUCAGUGGGUUAAGCCUCUGCCUUCAGCUCAGGUAAUGAUCCCAGGGUCCGGGGAUCAAG